UUUCAUUUACAACACCCUUCCAUAAUUCCAAUUUUAACUCUUCCCAUAAAGCCUUCUCCUCCUCCUCUCUUCUCAAUCUCUUCCUUUUUCUUCCCCACCCCAUUUCACCCCACAGGGGCCUAUAGAUACAUCUAUUUAUACACACAUAAAUUAUACUUCUUUUAUCCAUUGAAUUGUUCAAUCCAUUUUACUUCAAUCCAGAUUCAGCAAUAAGGUAAAUCUCCUCGAGCUCGAAUUGCACAAAAAAUCUCAAAAAAAUUUCGGAAUUCUUUCGUUUUGAUUGAUAAUGGCAUCAUCGUCGAUUGUGAAUCCUGAAGCAAACUCAAAUCCAUCGCCGAAAAAGAGAAGAAAAAUCGGGGUGGAAAUUCAGACUCAAAUUCAUUCUGAGGAGAUGAGAUGGAAGACAGAGGCGGAGCAACAGAUCUACUCAUCGAAGCUUGUAAAUGCCCUCUGCCACCUUCGCCGCCCUGUUUCCACCACAGCAUCCGGCCGCGUUGUUCGCGAGGCUGCAGAUCGUGUCCUUGCUAACUCUGCUAAAGGCCGGACUCGGUGGAGCAGGGCAAUUCUUACCGGUCGACUCAGCCGGCGACUCUCUCAGGUCAACAGGAAACACAAAAGAGCGGCAAAACCGGUUACUGGAAAUUCCCGAAUGAAGAAACCCGCCGUUAAGAAAAAAUUGCCGCCUUUCCAAAGGAAACUGCAGGUACUAGGACGGUUAGUUCCCGGUUGCCGUAAUCUCUCAACGCCGAACCUUCUAGACGAAGUGACUGAUUAUAUCCCAGCUUUAGAAAUGCAAGUCAAAGCCAUGGCAUUUCUCACGGGCCUCCUGAAUGGCGGCGGCGGGACGUUGGCCGAUUCUUCUGAUCGGCUCGGCCCGGACCAGUAAUUUACUGCUUAGUAUAUUUGGAGGUGGUUAAUUUAAUUUAAUUUUUUUCCCCUUUCUUUUCUUAAUUAUUAAAAAAAAUUAUGUCAAUAAUUUGAGAAAUUAUUACAUUUCCGUUUUUCCAUUGUGCA